AUGCCUUCAAGAGUGGAAGAAGCUUCUUCUACAAAUGAUCGUUUCUGCAUCAGUGACUGUGACACAUGUCCAUUGAUAUGUUCACCUCCUCCUCCUCCUACUCCUCUGAUAUCAAUUUCUGCAUCAUAUCCUCCACCAUCAUCACCACAUUAUGCCACCUUCUCACCACCACCAUCACCUCCCAAGCCACAUUCGCCGCCGUCGCCAUUGCCGCCUCUUUCAGGUUCAACAACUGAAGCAGAGCCAACAGUAAUAUCAGGGCCACAUGACUAUUACUAUCCCUAUUACUACUUUUACUCAUCAUGUGCUUCUUCUCUUUCAAAUCAUCAUGCACCCUUUUUCAUUUUGUUAUUGUUCCUAGUAGGAUACUUUUCUUUAGUUGGUAAAUGA